GUGGCAAAAAAAUAAUUGAUUAUUAAGCAAAAAUGUUUUAAUUGAGAAUUAACAGGGGAUUAGUUGUAACUGAUCGUGGGGUUGCUUCUAAAAACGAAAAUGGGGCCUGGGAAAGGGAAACUCCUUCCUCCUCCUCUAGUUUUCUCUGGAAACCAAAACAAACCAUAGGGAAGAAAAGAAACGAACUCCUCUUUCUUGCUUUCCUCCCUCGCCUCUCUUUCCGAGAUACGAAAAUCUUCAUAUCAGAUCUGCUUCUUUCUCGUUAAUACUCUCAGCUUCUACUUCUUACCCCUAUCCCGUGUUCUUUCUAGAAAUCGAGAAAACCGCCAAAAAGAAAGCCACGAUGAUGCUCCGAAUAGCCCUCAAAUCGACGAUAAGUCAAGAUUCGACGCUUGCAUGUUCAUUUUCAUGGUUUGAUUCUGAUUUUUGCUGGGAUUCUAACCUAUUUUUUUUGUUUUCUGGGUUCUGUUUACGGAUGAGGGGAGAAGAAGAGGUCAACAUCGGCAAACUCUGCUGACGCGGUGGAGGCAGCUCAAAUCGUGAGUUUUCUUUCUGUCCUAGGUAUAUUUUUUCUGAUGGGAUUCUGAUUUUCUUUUUGGGGAUUUUGUUGGUUUCGAUCAUGGAUGAGGGAAAGAAGCAGCGGGAACGAAAGGAAGAAGAGGGUCGCCGCCGGCAUCUCUGUUUUUUACCGGCGGCGGCGACAAUGACAAGAGGUGGACUUUUGUUUUGGUAAGUUUUUGGGAUUGGAUAAUUGAUGUUUGUUUGUUUGAGAUAUGAGGGCUGAUUUUGUUUAUGAAUUGGAGAAAUUGGGUUCAUUUGUGGUUAUGAAUCCUGAAAUUGGAGAUGGGGAUUUGCUUAUGGGAUUGGGGUUGUUCAUGGUGGUUGGUUUCUGAAAAUUGUGUGGUGUUUAUGAAUGGAUUUGCUUCUGUUUUUGGGGAGGUUACAUAGUUUGGAAAAUUUGUGUUGGAUGGCGGAAGUUUGGAUUAAAAGAAGACAUGCAUCAUUCGAUUAAAAUCAAACAGUAUAAUCAUCCCAAGUCAUUACAAUCAUGAUCCCUAACACAUGGAGGGUUCUUCAUACCCAAGUGAGAGAAGGGUUCUCCUUCAUAGAGAGAAAGGGGAAAACAGAAUACAAAGCAUUCAUACUCAUCAAGAUGGGAAGAAUCUGCUCUGGGAUGAUGAUUUCCACUCCUCUGAUGAUCUCCAAGCUCGAUUUGAUGAAACCCAUCUCCAAGAUCGCUUCUAGGAUGUGUUCUUCGCACUUUCUCUCUCUAGGGCUCUGUUUUUGCUCUGAAAAGUCGAUUUCCUCACUUGUGGCUCGAAUUUGGGUUAAAACCAGAAUUCCCGACUCAUACUGGCAGGUCACACGGCCGUGUGGCUUACCCAGAUGCCCGUGUGAGAGUCAAAACGCCGAGUUUCGAUUGAUUGGACUUCAGGCUACCUACACGGUCAGGGACACACGGCCGUGUAGGAUCUCCAGUCUCCCCCUGUGAAGCCUCGCACAAUCCCACACGGCCACAUUGGUUCCUUACACGGCCGUGUGUGUUUAAUGAGUGCCCGUGUGGCUUCCUCAGCGACUCGCCACAUGUUCGAUCUUCGUCCAAUCGACCCCGAACUCGCUCCCAAACCUUUAUUCACGUACUAGGACCUAAAAUAUCACAAACAAGCACAACCUAGCGUGAAAUUGAUCUAUAACACGAGAAUCAACAUCUCAAAUGGCUCAAGAAUAGGGGUAAAAACAUGUGCAAUUAACGGCGCCAAAAACUUAACACGCCAAAACACAACACCAAACUGUGACCAAGUGUAAUCGCAGUCCGGGAAUGCAGUAAAGUGGCAAGUUCUAAAUAUCAACACGGGGUCUAGAUCUGCUGCCUACUCCGUGAUUAUCUAUUAUCUAGCAAACUAAGUCGAUUGAUUAUGGUCUUAACUAAAAGCAAAAGAAGAGUCACUCGGGAAUGAGUCCCCCUAGCUCCUUAGUUAGGUCUCAGUUGUAAUUACCCUGGGUUGAUUUACUGUUGAUUAGACUGGGGAAGAUCCGACAGUAGCUUGGAAUCUCCUAAGCUGACCAAGCCCUCUCAGUCUAACUACCCGGCAGACGACUAGUCUUCACAGGGAUAGAAAGUUGAAGCAAUAAGCACAGAACUCCACUACUGGAAUUGGAUUCCAGUACAAAGCAGUAAACUGGCUAACUCUCGUAUAACCAAUCCACUACUAACGAAAGAUGAAGCUCUAACAACCUAAUCAGAUUCUAUCUAUCUCAAGUUGCAGCAGAAAUCAAGAAAAGCUGAUCAGACUUCAAUUAAUUCAAUGAAACAUGCAUCAUUCGAUUAAAACCAAACAGUAUAAUCAUCCCAAGUCAUUACAAUCAUGAUCCCUAACACAUGGAACUAGGGUUCUUCAUACCCAAGUGAGAGAAGGGUUCUACUCCAUAGAGAGAGAGGGGAAAACAGAAUACAAAGCAGUCAUACUCAUCAAAAUGGGAAGAAUCUACUCUGGGAUGAUGAUUUCCACUCCUAUGAUGAUCUCCAAGCUCGAUUUGAUGAAACCCAGCUCCAAGAUCGCUUCUAGGAUGUGUUCUUCGCACUUUCUCUCUCUAGGGCUCUGUUUUUGCUCUGAAAAGUCAAUUUCCUCAAUUGUGGCUCGAAUUUGGGUUAAAACCAGAAUUCUCGACUCACACGGGUAGGCCACACGACCGUGUGGCUUACCCAGAUGCCCGUGUGAGACUCAAAACGCUGAGUUUCGAUUAAUUGGACUUCAGGCUACCUACACGGCCAGGGACACACGGCCGUGUAGGAUCUCCAGUCUGCCCAUGUGAAGCCUCGCACAAUCCCACACGGCCACAUUGGUUCUUUACACGGCCGUGUGGGUUUUAUGAGUGCCCGUGUGGCUUCCUCAGCGACUCGCCACACGUCCGAUCUUCGUCCAAUUGACCCCGAACUCGCUCCCAAACCUUCAUUCACGUACUAGGACCAAAAAUAUCACAAACAAGCACAACCUAGAAUGAAAUCGGUCUAAAACA